AUGAAGUUCACUUCCGUUGUUGUCGCCCUUGUGGCCGCAAGCUCCGUGCAGGCCGCCUCCUACAAAACCCCCAGCACCAGCAUUCCCAAGUGGUGCGGCCACAUUGGCCAGGGCUGCAAGCGCUCUGUCGAUGCCUCUCUCGAUGUCAAGCGAUCUGCUGAGGAGCUCGCCGAUUCCAUGGCCGAGAGCCUUCCCCAGGUCCUGGAGAAGUGGUGCGCCCACACCGGACAAGGCUGCCACAAGGCCAAGCGCGCCGCCAAUGCCGUCGAGAUGGUCAAGCGCACUACCGAUGACCUCGCUCUUGCUCUUGCUGCUCUCGAGGAUGACGAGUAG